AUGUUCCUGCCGGCUGGCGCCAGGCUCCUCCCGCGCUCCGGACGGAGCUCCUUCCUCAGCCUCCUCCUCUUGCUGCUGCUGUGUCCCGGUGGCAGGAGCGCGCCGCGCCGCCGGCCCGCGGGGCCGCCCGUGGUGCUGGUUCCAGGGGACUUAGGUAAUCAGUUGGAAGCAAAGUUAGAUAAGCCAUCAGUGGUGCACUAUCUCUGCUCUAAGAAGACAGACAGUUAUUUUACACUCUGGCUGAAUCUAGAAUUGCUUCUGCCUGUCAUCAUUGACUGCUGGAUUGAUAAUAUCAGGCUGGUGUAUAACCGAACAAGUAAGAUCACAGAACCACCAGAUGGAGUGGAUAUCAGAGUGCCCGGCUUUGGGCAGACGUUUUCUUUGGAAUUUCUUGACCCAAGUAAAAGGAGUGUUGGAAGUUACUUUUAUAUGUUGGUGCAGAGUUUAGUAGAUUGGGGCUACAAACGUGAUGAAGAUGUAAGAGGAGCACCUUAUGACUGGAGAAAGGCACCAAAUGAGAAUGAAGACUAUUUUGUGGCGCUUCGCAAGAUGAUCGAGUUGCUGUAUGAGCAGUAUGGGAGCCCUGUGGUGCUGAUUGCCCACAGCAUGGGGAACAUGUACACCCUCUACUUCCUGAACCGCCAGCCCCAGGAUUGGAAGGACAAGUACAUCAAGGAUUAUGUGUCAUUGGGUGCUCCGUGGGGGGGCGUGGCCAAAACUCUGCGUGUGCUGGCCUCAGGUGACAACAACAGAAUCCCUGUUAUCAGUUCCCUCAAGAUCAGAGACCAGCAGAGAUCAGCAGUUUCCACAAAUUGGAUGCUCCCCUACAACUACACGUGGCCUCCAGAUAAGGUGUUUGUGAGCACCCCCACAGCCAACUACACACUGAGGGAUUACUGGAAGUUCUACAGGGACAUUAACUUCGAGGAUGGCUGGCUGAUGAGGCAGGACACGGAGCCCCUGGUGUACGCCAUGACCCCGCCCGGCGUGCGCAUCCACUGCCUCUACGGCACGGGCGUGGAAACCCCCGACUCCUUCCACUACGAGAGCUUCCCUGACAGAGAGCCCAAGAUCUUCUACAGUGAUGGGGAUGGUACAGUGAACUUACAGAGUGCCUUGCAAUGUAGAAAGUGGGUGCACAGGCAGGAACAGGAAGUGGUGAUGUUUGAGCUUGCAGGAAACGAGCACAUUCAAAUGCUGUCCAAUGAAACUACUAUCUCCUAUGUGAAAAAGCUGCUCAUUGAUUCGUGAUAACCUUGUGCUGAUAGUUAUUUUCCUCACCUGUGAUGCCUUCCCUUAAAUAUGGGGAAAUGCCUUUUAAUCCCUUGAUAUUUAGAUAUUUGAAUUAUUUAUUUUGCUUUUU